CUAGCAACUAGAGGACUGCAGACUGAAGUGCAGACUCGGCUCUUGCAGAAUGGGGAGACCACAUGUGCUGCUCCUCCCAUUUCCUGCACAGGGCCAUGUCAAGCCACUCAUGGAGUUCGCCCAUCGCCUGGCAGAGGAAGGCUUCCUGGUCACCUUUGUCAAUACCGAUUUCAUUCACUCCCGCAUAGUGAUGUCGCUGCCAGAGAACUUCGCCAGCGACUACAGUGGGAGGAUACGCCUGGUAUCCAUACCGGACGGUGUGGAUUCCAAGGAAGACCGGUGGAACUUUGAAAAAGUGUUUAAGGCCUUCCCCUGUACCAUGCCGAGGUUCUUAGAAGAGCUCGUACUGAAGAUCAAUGAGGAAGAAAAGGAAAAGAUAACGAUCAUGAUAGUUGAUGGAAUGAUCGGUACUCUUCUGAGCGUUGCCGUGAAGCUAAAAAUCAAGAGAGCCGUGUUCUGGCCAGCUUCCGCUUGGUGGUUAGCGAUCUUCAACAAGAUUCCUUUGUUGCUUGCCUCUGGAAUCAUAGAUGAAAAUGGGCUUCCGAAAAGUGAUGCACCGAUCCAACUCCCGGAGGCAAGCCCAGCUCUGGACCCUGCUCACUUGUGCUGGAUGCCCAUAAGAAAUUAUACCGGCAUGAAGUCGAUACUUUUCCGGCACUUCCACGAGUGCGUGGAAACAAUAAAAGACGUCGACCACAUACUCUGCAACUCAUUCUCCAAGCUCGAGCCGUUCUUGGUGAACAUCAGCCGUGCUGUUCCCAUCGGCCCGCUGGUCUCAGCCAACCAUUCCAAGCACCAUCCGUCCUCAUUGUGGAGGGAAGACUGGAGCUGCCUUGACUGGCUUGAUCAGUGGCCUGCCGGCUCGGUCAUCUAUGUCUCACUGGGCAGCAUCACGAUGCUCAACCGGCGCCAAAUUGAGGAGUUAGCGCUCGGUCUCGAGCUCAUCGGCAGGCCCUUCCUCUGGGUCUGCCGGCCGGGCAUCAUGGACAAAUCAGACGCGCUGUAUCCUGAAGGAUUCAUGGACCGGAUAUCAGGGCACGGACUCGUCGUAAGAUGGGCGCCACAGCAGGCGGUGCUGGCACAUCCGUCUGUAGCCUGCUUUCUUACCCACUGCGGUUGGAAUUCAACCCAGGAAGGGCUGAGCAAUGGGGUGCCCAUGUUGUGCUGGCCUUACAUUGCCGACCAAUUGCAGAACCAGACUUACAUAGUUCAUAUUUGGAAGGUGGGACUGAGCUUGACACAGGGCUGCUGUGAUGAGCUUGUAACGAAGGAAGAGAUCAAGAGCAAGUUGGAGGCUUUGUUUAGCGAUCAUGGCAUCAAAGAGAGGGUCCUUGAGUUGAAGAAGCAGGGUGAAAAGAGCAUGAUGGAGGGCGGUGACUCUUUUAGGAGAUUCCAUGAUUUUCUCUCCACCAUAAAAGACGAACUAUGAAGUCGUGACCGCCUUCUGCAUUGGAUAACUCUUUCCUUGUCUUUUUCAUUAUUUGGUUCUUAUUUUAGCUUUCAUGGAGGUAGGGUUGUUGACAAGAAAUCGGGAUGAGACCCAAGUCGGGUUCUAAUUAAAAAUUUAAGUUUCAAGAUAUGGAUGAUUAAUUAUGGAACAAUUUGUUGUCCAUGAAAUUAGAUAUUACAAUAUU